AUACACACAUCAAACAAGUCAGCCUUACUCCAGAAGAGGGGAGAAACACCAGAUCCAAAGCUUUUUUGAAGAGCAGACACACACACACACACACACACACACACACACCCUCUCUGAGCCAUGACGUCACCACCUUCUCCGCUUGCUUCCCCUUCGCCCUGUCCACCGCCCCCUCCCUCUCUCCCUUCCUCCCCAACACCGUUGUCUCCCGCUCCCUCUACACUUCCCCUGCCCGUCUCCCUGCCGCCCACAGGGGAGGUGAUGGUCCUGGCUCUGGGACGGAAGAAGCAGAGACUACUCAUCUGCCUCUCCAUUUUGCCAAACCUUUUCCUCGCCUUCCUGCUCUCCUCUGACCCCCUACUCACUCUUGCUUCGCCCCACCACUGUCGUCUCCCCGGACCUCCACCCAGCCCCCAGGUGCUCAACUCCUCCCUGCCUUGGGAGAAGGGUGACAGAGAAGGUGAGAGUGGGGGCCUGUCCCAGUGCAAGCAGUAUCUGUUUGUUAAUGGGACCCAGGCUGGUGUGGUGAACUGUGAGGCCGGGUGGGACUACAACGUCACAGAAGGGUUACAGAAUAACAUUGUGACUGAGUGGGAUUUGGUGUGUACUCAGUACUGGCUGGUUCCAGUGGAGGAGGUGUGCUUCAUACUUGGGAUACUGACAGGAUGUCUAGGCUUAGGCUACGCAGCUGACCGGUUAGGCAGGCAGAAGACCCUGCUGGCCUCUUUGACCCUCUCUGUGAUCUUUGGUGUGCUGGUGUGUGUCUCUCCUUCGCCGCCUGUUUUCAUCACCAUGCGAUUUUGUCUGGCUGCAGCGAGUGCCGGAGUCUACCUCACUCUUUACAUCACUCGUCUGGAGCUCUGUGACCCUUCAUUACGUCUGCUGGUCACCAUGGUGGCGGGCCUAAUGACGGUUGCUGGAGAAUUAUUGUUGCUUGGUGUGGCCCUUGGUUGUCAGUCCUGGAGGGGCCUGUUAGGAGCUGGUGCAGCUCCUCUGUCCCUGUUCCUGUGCUACGGUAUUCCGGGGGUGUUCCCAGAGUCUCCUCGCUGGCUCUUGCUCUCUGAAAGGUCAGGAGACAUGAAUUCCUUCAGUGAGCGAAGUGAGCGGAGAGACAGAGAGCGGGAUGACGAGAGCUUCACAGAGCUGGAAUCUGAGCAGUCCUCUUCAGGGCAUCCACAUCUCUCCUUCCCCGAACUUCUGCACAGCAGGAACAUCUGGAAGAACAUGUGUGUUCUAGGAUUCACCUCGUUCAUUUCUCACGGGAUUAGUCACUGCUACAGCUCCUUCAGAGGUGACGUGAGAGGCACCACCCCUAGUUUUUAUUGGACCUACCUUCUGUCAGUGUGUGCAGGGGGCGGGGCCUUGCUGCUGCUCUGGGCAACGGUGGACAGGUGCGGUCGCCGUGGAAUCCUGCUGCUAGCAAUGACCAUGACGGGACUUGCAUCUCUAAUCUUGCUCGGGCUAGUGGAGUAUCUGAGUGAGUCGGCCAUUACUGUGUUCUCUGUGAUGGGGCUGUUCUCCUCCCAGGCUGCCGCCUCGCUCUGCAUUCUCUUCAGCGCUGAGAUCAUGCCCACUCUAAUCAGGGGCAGUGCCGUGGGUAUGAUUAUGGCUCUGGGGUGUGUAGGACGCCUAAGCUCGCCCAUCAUGGAUCUACGUAACCACUAUGGCUACUUCCUUCACCAUGUGAUUUACUCCUCUCUGGCCCUGCUGGCUGUCCUCUCCAUCCUGCUCCUCCCCGAGAGUAAACGGAAACCUCUGCCCCAGACUCUAGCUGAUGGAGAGCAGUACCGGCGCCCCCCGCUGGGCCGGAGGAGGAGGGACAAUGUGCCCUUGCUUGCUACACCCAAUCCAGAGACCUAGUCAGCCAACGAAAUGCACACUCGCUACAUCACCUCAGCCAUCCCUCCAACUUUAAACAUGUCAAUGAGUCAUGAAGGGAAAUAGAAAUGGGGUCCGUUUGGCUGAUAGACCUGGUGCGUGGGACCGCACAGUCAAGCCCUCUAAAUAUUACAUCAUUACGAUCAUUCCUAAACAUGUGGGCAGAGCAACCGUAGCUCAUCUCCUUUUAGGCCCUUACCGAAGCGUAACAGUCCAGAAGCUGUAAGUCACUGACGGUCCUUCACACUCGCUGACACUCCACACAGCAGAGCUAGCAUCUACUCAGCCAGCACGUUGGGUCUCAUUCCAAAAAGCCAGAAGUCAGGGAAUACAACACUCCAGCUCACCUUCAUAAGGGAUCUCUCAUAUGGGUGGUUUACGAUCCACUUAGAACACGAC